GACCUAGCUAAGACGAGUUAGCUUACUCUGCUAACUUGCUAACUACAGUCGUCAACGUCUGCCUCUCGUUCAUAGAUUGUGGUUGGGUAAAGGGUAUUCUCUAACCCUUUCUACACGAGAUAGAAAGUGAUUUGUCUUUUCUCUUCAACUCAAAACUUGGCCAUCCUGAACACGCCGCAAGAAAACCUAGCGGAACAUCAGAAACAUCUCAACUAAUGGCAGCUGCCCUUGAGGAUCGAAGAGGAGCCAUAGGUUUCAGGGACCCUGGCAGCAAUCUAGAUGAAGAGGAGGAAGAUGACACAACAGCAGUUUUAUUGAGUGUUUUAGUGCAGCGGGGACAGUUGGGCCUUUGUUUCUACGAUAGUGGAGACUCGUCUUUACAUUACAUGGUGGAUUCUCCUGAUAGCUAUGAGCUUCACUUGUUGUCCAGAGUCAUUCAGGAGGUCAGGCCCCAUGUAAUCCUAACCAGUGCAAAGCAGGAACGCUGCUUGACCCAAUAUUUGCAGCAACUUGGUUCUGACCCACACUAUAAACCCGAGGUGGUUACUUAUCCAUAUGUUGACUUUGGUCUGGAGGUCGGUAAGCAGAGGCUUCUUUCCGCCCAUCUGCCUUUCCUCCCAGCUUGCAUUUCAGAGAGGGACAAAAUGUCUUAUCUUUCCUCCUGCAUCACCUUUGACUCACCAUUGAUGCUUAGGGCAGUGGGAGCUCUGCUGAAAUGUCUGGACAGGAGGAGAGUGGGAGUAGAACUGGAAGACAGCACUGUUGGAGUCCCAAUCCUGCAGUUUCAUGCCUACACACUUAAAGAAGUGGUUUACAUCGACCAGGACACCUACAGUGUACUUCAGAUCUUUAAAUCAGAUCUGCACCCAUCAGUCUACAAACUGCAGUCAGGUGAAAAAGAAGGACUAAGUCUCUAUGGAAUAUUGAACCGAUGUAGGAGCAAAUUUGGAUCCAAAUUGCUACGUCAGUGGUUUCUUCGACCUACACGAGACCUUGCAGUGCUGUACAGAAGACAGGAAGUGAUCCGUUUCUUUACUUCGCCUCGAAACUCGGACGUCCUGAACACCUUGCAGGCCUCGUUACGGAACAUCAGAAACAUACCAGGUGUCCUGCGGCGCAUGACUCUCUCCAGCACCAAAGUCAGUGACUGGCAGACUCUCUACAAGACGGUGUACAGCGCAGUGUGCAUCAGGGACUCAAUGCGGCACCUUCCUCAAUCUAUUCAGCUGUUUCGGGAGAUCAGUGAGAAACUCUCUGAGGAUCUCCACUACAUCGCCGCUCUCAUAAACAAAGUUGUGGAUUUUGAUGCCAGCUUAGAAGAGAACCGCUUCACUGUCAAACCCAACGUUGAUCCUGCCAUUGAUGAGAAGAAAAGGAGGAUGAUGGGGCUGUCUGACUUCCUGACUGACGUUGCCAGAAGAGAACUUGAACAUCUGGACUCUCGAAUCUCCUCCUGCUGUGUCAUUUACCUCCCCCUGAUUGGAUUUCUGCUCUCUGUGCCUCGACUGCCCAGCAUGGUGGAAAAAGAGGAUUUUGAAAUGGAGGGACUUGAGUUCAUGUUCCUCUCAGACGACCGGCUGCACUACCGUAGUCAAAGAACCAGAGAGCUGGACAGCCUCCUGGGAGACUUGCACUGUGACAUUAGAGACAUGGAGACGGCAGUGAUGACGCAGUUGCAGAGUGCCGUCCUGGAAAGGAGCAGUUCUCUGUAUCAGGUCCUGGAUCUCCUGGCUGAGCUGGACUGUCUGAUGGCGAUGAGCAGCGCCUCUCAGGAAUACAGCUACUCCUCACCCAAGCUCGCCAGACAUAGAACAAUAGCAAUAACACAGGGAAGACACCCGCUGCUGGAGCUGUGUUCUCCGGUGUUUGUGGCCAACUCCUACCAGAGCUCUGAAUCAGAGGGCAGGAUCAAGGUCAUCACUGGUCCAAACUCGUCUGGCAAGAGCAUCUUCCUCAAACAGGUGGGGCUGAUUGUGUUCAUGGCUCUGAUUGGCUCAGACGUACCGGCUAAAGAGGCAGAGGUAGGUCUGGUGGACGGGAUCUUCACUCGCAUGCAGAGCAGAGAGUCCGUGUCUGUGGGCCUCAGCACCUUUAUGAUAGAUCUCAACCAGAUGGCCCUGGCUCUUAACAGCAGCACUGGCAGCUCAUUGGUGCUCAUCGAUGAGUUUGGAAAGGGCACCAACACAGUCGAUGGGCUGUCUUUACUCGCUGCAUCUGUCUCUUUUUGGCUGAAAAAGCCUCCGGUGGAUGUUCCUCACGUCCUGUUGGCUACAAACUUCCACAGUCUGAUGCAGUUAGGGCUGCUACCAACCACUGGCAUGCUGUCUUUUCUGACUUUAGAAACUGCCGUAGACAGAGAUGAGUUGGUGUUUUUGUACCAGCUGAAGGAAGGGAUUUGCCAAUCCAGUUACGCUGCCAACAUUGCUGCACUGGCAGGCCUGCCAACAUGCCUUGUACACAGAGCCAUGGAGGCGUCUGAACAUUACCGAACAGGAAAACCCAUCAAACGCAUCGACAACGCAUCAUCAGACGAGCAGGCCAAGAGAUGCCAAUCUGUGGUACAGACGUUUUUGAGUCUUGACCUGGAGGACAAAGAUGUGGAUCUGCAGAGGUUCAUGAAAGAUGAGCUUCUGCCCUCUGCUGGAGAGCUCCAGAACCGCAGCUAGACUCUGGAAGAGCUGCAAACACUUUUCUGCGUUUCUCUGCUCCGUGUUCAGUGAGAAAAUGUUUGGGGUUUGCUUUUCUUGGGAAAAUCAGAGAUAUUCACCUCCAAACAAGGUGUAAAAAAACAGUUCAAGCACAUUGUUUAUUUUGUGAAGGAAUAGCUGUAUGCACGUACAUGGUUUGUGUUACAUAUAUCUAGUGUUUUCUUGUUGAUACUCAAUACCAAUAUUUUGCAAAUCUGGUAGUGUUUUUGCUUGAAGCAACAUAAAUUGUGUUU